AUGGUGUCCCACCAAUCUACCAAUAUACGCCAGGGUCUCCGCCGACUGAGGUCAAGGUUCUUCUCCAAAGGUUAUCAUUUAGAUGAGCCUACCAUCCCCAGCCGUGCGGCUUCCAGCGAUCCACCACCACCGAUGCCAGAACGCCUGAUCUGGCGAACUAAAUGCACCGACCUUGUUGCCCGGAUGAACGCAUUCGCCACCGAAGUCGACAUUGAACAAAGGGAUCACAAUGGGUACCUGGCGGAUGAAGUUGACCAGAGAAGGUCAGACAACGCAGAUAUUGUCGAUCUCCGACAACGUAUGGCUCGCGAGUACACACUCACGUGCCAGUGGCGCGACACGGCAAACAGAAGCGCUAAUCUGUCGGAGGAGGCUGGCCAGGGGAUCGAUGAAAUGAGAAGCGCCAUCAGAUUCCUGGAUAUGGCAGAGCAGGCGAUGAAGCGGGCAGAGGACGCUUUGACAGAGCUACGAAAAAGGGCCUAG